AUGGAGUCGCUGAUCGACAGUUGGGCCUGUGAGUCUUCGCGCAUGCGCACGGCCACGGACCAGAGGCGGGGUGGGGGCUCCGGGAGGGUCCGGGACCGGAACCGGGGGAAAGGGGGGGUCCGGGCCCGGUUCUGGAGCCUGUUUGGGGCCGUUACCGGGCCGAAACUAAGCCCAGUUAGCGUGUUUCUUUGGUUAAAGUCUCCCCAGACCCGCCAUGGCCCCAAACCGGGGACUCUCAGGGCGGUUUGCGGGAGUUUAGCCGUGUUUAUGCUAGCCUGUGUUUCAGAGCUGGGCUUUAUUCUGGUUGUGUUUGUGCAGCAGAAGAAGCAGAACACCGGCAAAGGUGGGAAGAAGAAGAAGCAGCUCCUGAAGUUCACCCUGGACUGCACCCACCCGGUGGAGGACGGAAUCAUGGACGCUGCUAACUUCGUAAGUUUCCCCCAGCUGUGA